CUGAAAAUUUUUACGAUCGUUGGGAGGAGCUCCCCGAUCUCCAGCCCUCCCAGCGCUCCCAGCGCUCCUGGAAAACCGACGAUCCGACUGUCGACCCGACGGUUUGAGGGUUUCGGUGUGAGAUGAGGAUGAUCGUGAGAUUUUUUGUGUUCUGGUUCUGGUUCUGCCGACAUGAGCGGCUCCACUCUACGGUAAAUACUCUACUCUAUUCCCAGUUCGCGGUCCAGCCAGAAUGCCAGCACGCAAGUGCAGCUUCACUUUCACGAUGGUCAUGGCUGGAUGGUGCUGGUGGAUUCGUGUACGCAAUAUGUCGUGGAUGGGGAAAGGUGAGGUUGAGGUCGUGGACGGGGACGGGCGAAAGUUCCUGGAUCGUGGAUCGGACGUUCAGCGUUCGAUUUCUCCACUCUACUCCACUCUACCUUAUUUCAUUACGAUGGGGGGUUUGAAGGAAAGUGUGGG